GACUCUUCAGUUGGAUUUAAGAACAUCGGACGGGCGGGCGUGUGUAGGAUGGAUCGCUAACGACACCAGCAGUUUUUUUUCAUUCCGCCUUCUAGCAGUGUUUGUUUAUUACCUUCCGGCACACUUUCCGUAAAUCCUUCUCGACCGUGGUGCUUUAUAAUUUUAUUUAGGCGUUUAUUUUCUAUAUUACCUUUAACGCCGUUCCGAUUUCACGUCGAGAAGGCGGCCGCCACAAGUUUGAAAGCGGCUUUUCAAGAGUAGUACACCUACUCGUUAUAAUUCUCAAUAUCGCUGUAUCAACGCAUCAGGCAAUCAAGAUGGUGAAGAAGGUUUCAGAAGAGAGUGUAGAUAGCGGUGUGGGCCGCUGUAGCAGUCAGUCGGGAAGUGAACGCGAGUCCGACGAGAGCCCUAGAGGCAAUGAGCCAUCGGCUCCCGUCCCCAUUCCCGACAGCGAGGACUUACAGCGGCGCAAGGAAGAGGCGCGCAGGAAGCGCCGCAGAAAGAAGCGCUCAGGGAGCUCCGUUGUCACGUCAUGUUUCCAAGACCUCUACAAGCUAACAGGCGAGGUUUUAGGCGAGGGCGCAUACGCUUCGGUACAGACGUGCGUGAACAUCUAUACGGGUCAGGAGUUCGCAGUGAAGAUCAUCGAUAAAGUGCCGGGGCACGCCCGUGCCAGGGUGUUCCGCGAAGUGGAGACUUUCCACUACUGCCAGGGACACCCGAACAUAAUCCAGCUCAUUGAAUUCUUUGAGGACACCGACAAGUUUUAUCUUGUCUUCGAAAAGAUCAACGGCGGUCAGCUCCUGUCCCGCAUACAGGAGCACCAUUAUUUCUCAGAGCCGCAAGCGGCUGAGAUCGUGCGUGAGAUAGCGAACGCUUUACAUUUCCUUCAUGGUAAAGGUGUCGCACACCGUGAUCUCAAGCCGGAGAACAUACUAUGCGUCCACCGCGACAGACUUUGCCCAGUGAAGAUAUGCGACUUUGAUCUUGGUAGCGGCAUCAGUUUCACUUCGAGCCUCGCGAGCCCGCUGGCAACGCCGCAGCUUAUGACGCCAGUGGGCAGCGCGGAAUUCAUGGCACCCGAAGUGGUGUCUCUGUUCGCGGGCUCAGCAGCGAACCACUACGACAAGCGGUGUGAUCUGUGGUCGUUGGGUGUGAUCGCUUACAUCCUGCUGUGCGGUUAUCCGCCAUUCCGCGCGGACUGCGGCUCCGACUGCGGCUGGGAGCGCGGCGAGAACUGCCGCGCCUGCCAGGAGCUGCUGUUCACGUCCAUCCAGGAGGGCCGCUACUCCUUCCCUGAGGAGGAGUGGGCCGACAUCUCCAGCGACGCCAAGGACCUGAUCCGGCAGCUGCUGGUGCGCGAGGCCUCUCACCGGCUGAGCGCCGAGCGCGUCCUGACGCACCCGUGGCUGCGCCGCGCCGACCCGCUGGCGCACCACCCGCAGCUGCAGACCUCGCUCAACAUCAAGCGCAACAUGUCGGCCCGCAACCUGUCCAACUUCGCCGAGUCCGCCAUGGCCGUGAACCGCGUUAUCCAGCAGCACUUCUCCAUGAACUACUCGUACAUGGACCGCGCGCCCAGCGCGCUGCGCGGCAGCAAGUCGUGCCAGCCGGGCGCGGGGGCGCGGCGGCGCGGGGGCGCGGUCGGGGGCGCGGGCGGGGGCGCGCUGGGGCUGUCGCCGCCCGCCGAGUCGGAGCUGCUGCGGCGGCGCCUGCUGGCCGCGCCCGCCGACGCGCUGCCCGUGCACUAGACAUUCCCGCAGGGACCGCGCCCCGAGCCUGGCCAGAUUUAUUUGAGCCUUUUAAAGAUAUAUUUUUAUGAGUAAACAAACGACUGAGUAGAUUUAUCGAUAGUAGAGUAUUCGUGAGUUUAUGUUGUGGCGCGGCGCUAGCGCCGCCCCGGACCGGCGACGGUCGAUAAAAAUCGUAUUAUACCGAGAUAGUUCCGCCGAUCUACGUACUUUACGUCUUGUGUCGAUUACGGGGAUGAAAAAAAUGUUUAUGUUUUGGAUUUAUAAAAUCCGCGUUUCGAAAUUGAGCUUAUGUAUUCGUGUAAUCGCCUUUAGUUUGUGGCCUAUCCUUUGCAAUAAAUAGAAAUUAUGUAAUUUUCGAUGGCGUUUUUUGGAUACUAGUCUGUUUAUGUGAUUGUUUUUUUGCAUUUUACCAACGAUGGAAAACCACAUCUCAUUAAUUAAGAUUGAAUCAACCUAAUAUUUAUAUAAGAGAGUUAAGGGCGAUAUGUGACAUUAUUCCGAGAGGUGCAAGUGUAUUAUAGACGCUUGAUCGUUACAUAAGCAUUGAUUAUGUUGUUGAGAGUAUAAUUUGCUUCGUAAUGUCCGCGGGGAGUGGAGGGCACUUGAGAGCUGAACUGAAUGCAAUGUCAUGUAUGACUCGAGCUGUGUUGGUACAUAUGUUAAGUGUUGCAUGGGGUUCCAUGGAGCUGCCAUAACUUUGUGAUCAGUUUGAAUACUUUUAUAUUGCUGAAAGAAUGAAGUGUUGAAAUAAUGUUAAGAGUAGACCUGCUAGACUGUAACCCUGCGUACAAUGUUGAUUGGAGAAAGAUUCACUUGGCACACUUGUUUGGCUGUUACCCUUUACAAUACACAAAUUUUAUUAUAUUUUUCAAAUGUAAAUUAUAAUUCUAUUUCUACUUUUGUGAUUCGGUGGCUUUAUCCAAUCAAUCCUAAACUUUACUUACGCAAUACUUUGUUAAAAAUUUUGUUUUCGACUAAAUCAUUGAUAUGAAUUUAUCAUUGAAAUACAGAUGUUUGAAUUUUUAUAUGGUCUAUUUAUUUAUUGUUGCUUUGUUUUAAAAGCUUUACUGGAAGUUUUAAAGCCUUUCAACAGUACUUACAUGAAGAAUGUCUUUGAACCAAUAAUAAAGUACUUAAUGAAA